AGGAAGGACAACGGGAUUUUUGGUCUGGGGGAUCAUCGUUCAUUUGUGUGUAAGGAGAGAGUGAUUUCAAUCUUCCUCCCGCAAGCGACCAUCUACGGACACUUACGGACAACGACAACUUUUCACGCACGCAAGUCAUUUGGACUAUUCAUACACGCACACGCAACUCUAGUUCUUUCCCCACACACACGCACACAUCUCUACUCUAUUAACACGUUGGUCAAACUGGAGGGGGACAAUCUACUCUCGUGGCUCAUACGGGGUGCUAGAACAUCUGCGGAUUCUCACUCUGUAUGGAAACUAUGUACUCGCGCUCGGGACGCUCUGCCCAAUGGAGCGAGAUUGGAGAAUAUGACAUGGAGGCUCAUGCACAUGUCACUCUUACGAGAGCGCAAGCAACUGGAGCAUUCGUAUCUUGAAUCUUUCUUUACACUCGAUGACGAUUCAUGGGAUCCGUUUGGAUUUGUUACUACUGAUCCUACUACAACUACUACUAUGGAUGAUCCAUUCAUCAAACAACCCGUUCCCAACCAUCCCUCCCUUUCUACAAGUCCUCUUUCUGCCUCGCUCAAGGCCGCAGACUUGCUCGCGCACGCAGGAAACAUUAGCGAUGCUCACUCGAGUGUGAGCCGGGACAAUCGGACUCUGGGUGGCCCGGGUGAACAGCUUUAUUUCCCACCGGGCGAUGUCGCUUCAUCGCCCCCCAUAACCUCCUGGGCAAGUGGAUCACUGCCCACUGUUUCGCUCAUCGACAAUCCGCAUUCAAGCAUGGCGGGAACGCCGCCGCCCGAUUCAGGCGUCGAGUUUUCGUCUUCGGUCGCUUCUACAAGCAGCACGUCCACCGUCAAACCCGUGCGGAAAAUCAAAUCGGCCAGCAACAGCCGGCGCAGUUCCUCACAAGCUUCGUCGUCAUUAUCGUCGUAUGUACCGCCAUCUGCUUGUUCCAACUGCGGCACCAACAAGACGCCUCUUUGGCGCCGCGAUGCCAAUGGCGACCCUCUCUGCAACGCCUGUGGCCUUUUUUACAAACUACACGGCGUCGUGCGUCCUAUCUCCAUGAAGAGCGAUGUCAUUCGCAAACGCAACAGGGGACCUAAAAAGGAAAAGGGAAAAGAGCAACAACAAUCCAGUGCACCGGUUGCCAAAGCCCCCAUUGCAUCCCGCCCGCAUCACCGUCCCAUGGCUACGAUGUCUACCGUACAUCAACCCGCGAUUGCGGGGACCAACACAAGCGGGGUCUUGACGACGUGUUCGCCCAUGGCACACCCCAAUGUCCUUUCCACGUCUGCACCGUCAUUUACAACAAGUACUACACCAAUGCAGCGCAGCCCAUCCCAUAUCGUGCCCACGACCGUAUACAACCCGGCGAUCCACUCUAGAGCCGCCAGCCAGGAACCCACCACGAAUUACGGCACAUCAGCGCCCUCCUUGUCGACGUUUCCAAAGCCCAAAUCCGGCAAGCGGCCCCGUCGAGAUUCAGACGACGAUUUCAUGAUGGACUAUCCCCCAACUACACCCCCGCAAAACGUCAAGCCUUCGUCGCUCCCGCCCGAAAUGCUCAAGACUGUUUUGGCGCAAUUUUUGGAAAUGCAGACCAAAGCCGGGACGAUUCCACCUGGUGUGGACUUGGAUGUCUUGUUGAAGCAGUUGACGGAGCUUCAGUUGACUGAAAAGACGCCCUUGACUCCCACACAUUCCGCUCAUUCGCAAGACCAAGCACCUCCCAUAGCACCACCAGCACCACCAGCACCGAUGGCAGUACCCGGCAUGGGACCCGCCGCGAUGGGACCCGGAAUGGGACCCCCGGGCAUGGGACCGGGCAUGGGUGCGGUGCCCGCCAUGACGCGCACCCACUCCAACACCUCCCAACCCUACUAUCCCCCCUACGAGCACCAAUACGCCUCGUACGGCAUCUCGCGUCCCCCCUCGUACAAUGUCAAUACGUAUAACGUGUAUGGAGGCUACGGCUAUGGAUACGGACAAGGAAUGGAGGAUGUCAUGAUGGUGGGGCGAAUGAUGGGUGAGGAUCCAGCGGGGAUGGCGAGUGAAGAGCUUGUUGAUGGUGUUUUUUUCCGGGGGUGAUGGUUUCGGACUCGAAUGAUUUUGCGAGAACUAUGGAGUUGGCCGUGUGCGGUGGUUUUUUUUUUUUUUUGGCAAUUUGGUGACGGUGGUGAUGGUCAUUGAUUUAUCUUGCGCGCUAGUGACUACCGUAUUGUGUGGAAUCGGUCAACGAGUCCGCUGUGUUUAUCGUUGUGGUCGUGGAUUUGGUGUGGUGUUGAAAAGUUGAGGGCGAAAAACAAGUGUCAGGAAUCGUGAGAAAUGUACAAGAAAAUGUGGGCUUGUUUUUUGUUUAGCGGAAAAGGUGUUUAUCUUUUUUUUUUUGUAUUUAUGAUGCCUAAUAUGAAUGUUAUAAACUUUUCAACGAUUUGAUUUUGAGAUGGGAACGUAUGUGUCAAUGGUGAGGAUCCGCCAACACGCAUCUCAUCCGACGAGAGAUGGCACCUUUUCGUUCAGGACUUUGAGGAUAUGUCUUGCACAUUAGUGAUGUCUUAUUCGAGUGCCUUUUUUCAAGUCAAACGGAAACGGAUAUUCCAAAAGUAUGGGGUGUUAUUAAUGUGGAUAUUACAGGAAUAUAGAAAAUGAACAAACAAACGAGAUGAGAUAAUGUUUGUCAUUUGCAUAGUUUGCGAUAUAUAGUUUGCGUCUUAAAUAACAGCCCCAAAAUGUAAAAUAGAAUGGUAAAAUGUAAACAGAAAUGGG